UUUUGAAAGCGGGGAGUGUCCCGUCGCAACGACUGUUAGCAAGUUCGCGUGUUAGCAGGUGGCGGGGCGCUGAGGCAGCCGCUGAGGGUCUUGUUGGCGGCCACGCGGGAUCAGUGUUCAAGAUAGCCUUGGCCUGGACCUCUCCACCCCAGCGCGGCUGCGGUAAGGGGAGCUUUUUGCGGACCCCCGACCACGCGUGAGCCCGGGUUGGAGCCGAACGCGCCCCCCCCCCCCCCCCCCCCCGCCCCCAGCCGACUCCUCUGCGUUUGCUUCGUGACCGUUCAGGGGCCUAGAGGGAAAGGUGAAGACGUUGGGAAUGUGGCGUUACACUGGGAAUGACUUUUCGAAAAAUGUUUGCGACCCAAACCCGAGUCUGAAUCACGGAUAGGGUGGGGAUUUCAAGAAAGAAAUUGCCUUUUCUCAAGAGCAGCCUAGCCAUGUGUACUUUUAAGGAAUAUCCGCAGGAGAAGGUGAUGGACCUAGAGUGAUUAUUACAAUGGAAGAAAUCAAUAAUUUCAAGACACCAAGCAAAUUAUCUGAAAAAAAGAAAUCUGCACUAUGUUCAACUCCAUGUAUAAAUAUUCCUGCCUCUCCAUUUAUGCAGAAGCUUGGCUUUGGUACUGGGGUAAAUGUCUACCUUAUGAAAAGAUCUCCAAGAGGUUUGUCUCAUUCUCCUUGGGCUGUGAAAAAGAUUAACCCUAGAUGUAAUGAUCAUUAUCAAAGUAUGUAUCAAAAGAGGCUAAUAGAUGAAGCUAAGAUUUUGAAAAACCUCCAUCAUCCAAACAUUGUAGGUUAUCGUGCUUUCACUGAAGCCAGUGAUGGUAGUCUGUGUCUUGCUAUGGAAUAUGGAGGGGAAAAGUCUUUAAAUGACUUAAUAGAAGAACGAAAUAAAGACAGCCAAGAUCCUUUUCCAGCAGCCAUAAUUUUAAAAGUUGCUUUGAACAUGGCGAAAGGGUUAAAGUAUCUACACCAAGAAAAGAAACUGCUUCAUGGAGACAUAAAGUCCUCAAAUGUUGUAAUUAAAGGUGAUUUUGAAACAAUUAAAAUCUGUGAUGUAGGAGUCUCUCUACCACUGGAUGAAAAUAUGACUGUGACUGACCCCGAGGCCUGUUACAUUGGCACCGAGCCUUGGAAACCCAAGGAAGCUUUGGAAGAGAAUGGUAUUAUUACUGACAAGGCAGACAUAUUUGCCUUUGGCCUGACUCUGUGGGAAAUGAUGACUUUAUCUAUUCCACACAUUAAUCUUCCAGAUGAUGAUGAUGAUGAUGAAGAUAAAACUUUUGAUGAAAGUGACUUUGAUGAUGAAGCCUACUAUGCAGCUUUGGGGACGAGGCCACCCGUUAAUAUGGAAGAGCUGGAUGAAACGUACCAGAAAGUAAUUGAACUCUUCUCCGUAUGCACUAAUGAAGACCCUAAGGAUCGCCCUUCUGCCGCACACAUCGUGGAAGCUUUGGAAAUGGAUGUCCAGUGAUCACCUCAUAUUCAUGACUGCUGAGCUUUCCAGAUGGCUCAUGUGUAUAACUGUUCUGUUUACUGUAAUACAUUAUAUAGUUACUGUGAUAAUCCAUAGUUAUUAGGCUUUUUGGAAGUGGCCUGUCUUAGGACCAUAGCACCUAGUUAACACUUGAACAGUUAGAAUAUUUCUUAACAUGCUUAUGAUGAUAAGCAUUUGAGAUUGUAGUAGGUUUUCUAGAAAGUUUAAGAAACUAGCUACUCAAAUAUUUGGAUUUGUACAUACAUACAGAUUUAAAACACUAGCAGUAAUAAAAUGCUGUAAACUGUAUGUCUAACAUUGAUUUGGAUUGAGUGACCAUCACUUUUAUUAAUGUUUCUCACAUAUUCUUUAUUUUUAAUGGAUCUGUUGAAAGCACUUUGCGCAGUACAACUUAAGUCUAUUUUUGCUUAUCUUUUAAACCAUUAACCUUUUUGCUGGCCUUUUUGGGCUGUUGUGCUCCUUAUUAAAUAUGGUCACUGGAAGCCAAGAGAAAUGGCUCAAAAGACUAGCUCCUUGGGUAUUUCCAGACGUUUUUGGUUAAGGCUUGUUUUGCGCUCUUGGGUCUCCCCCGAUCUUUGGCUUUUCCUUUAUUUAUUAAAUGUAUUUUCUGUAUUGAGAUCCCUUUUUUUUAUUUUUUGUUUAAUAAUCUAUACCUUAAGCAUAUCACAGUUCUGGUGUAAAAAUAAUAAAACUCUAAUAGAAUGAUAUAGAAUAAAGGAGACUGUAGUUACCAGAA